ACAGAAUUGAUGUAUCAGGGUGUGUUUCUGUGAGCGUGUCAUGGAAAGGUGACCUGGACGCUCUGAUUAGGAAAGUUUAGGAAUUUCCGAGCUCAUGUGAGGAACCUUAAAGGGCUCAGAGUCAAUGGUUUCCCCAGCUGCCGCCUACAUAACACACAUUAAGCAAAGACGAAAACAGGAACUGCUCACGUAACCUCCCCCAUCAUAUGUGCCUAUAUCUGUGGAUGUCUUCUGUCCUUUGUCUUUCUCUGAAACACUCCAUCAUAGGCAUUUCGGACAAUUCAUCUUCUUCGCCAUGGUGACUUUCAUAGGCCAGUGUUUAGGUUCCAUCGUAUGGAUGGUCUUGUCCGUUUGCUUUGUCCCAGCCUACAUGCUGCCUGUUAAAGAUACUUGUGAGGUGCUGGGUGAAGAGCUCCAGGAUUUCCAUGCUCAGGGGGAAGCUGUAGCCAUCAGCUUUCCAUUUCUGGAAACUGUAAUUUCUACCCGGAAACUUCCUGUGGACAACACCACCACAUUCCAGUUGUUCCGGAACGACCUAAGGGACAUUAAAAAUCAGAGGCAAAGGGUUGUACAGAAGGGUCGUAUGCUCUGGCUUCUCCCUUCCCUGCCCUCAGACACUGGAACGUACACCUAUGUAUUCAGCAGCGACAUGUACUGCAUCACUGGGAACAUCUCUGAGACCAUCUACGAGACUGGAAGAGAAGACAUGGAGAUGAUGUCACAUCCUGUUUCUGCCAGGCCGAACAGGGAUCUGACCAUCCGAUGUCCCCAUUUAGAUCAUUUCAACAGGGCGGAAAGUCCACGCUGGUACAAGGGUUAUCGCAGUGGUGUGCCUUUAAUUGGUUCUCAUUAUAGUACUGAGAGAGAACUCUCUUUCACCAUUAAAAACAUCUCCACUCAGGACCAGGGCUUGUACACCUGUAGACUUAAGGUGAUUAUCAACAGUACACAAUACAACGUCAGCAGGACCUGGAAAUUACGAGUCUUAGCUCCACCUCCCAGGAUUUCUGACAGACGUCAGAUGGAACCCUCUAUCAUAUUUAGAGAUGAUGCUUCAAAAUCAUCCACUUUACACUGCCCCUACAUCACUGCUCCUGUGAACGGAUCCACGAUUGAAAGUCAUUUAGGCUCCAGUUUGGUGAUCCAGUGCAAGGUGUCUGUUGGCAGCAAUUCACCCAGCUUUACUAACCUCACAUGGUUGGUCAACGGUCAGCCAGUGGAGAGCUCAUAUCUGAACGGCCGAGCAUAUCAGUCUGCCAGGAGAAUGGAAGGGGGUAACCUGGAGCUGCAUUUGGUUUUCUUGGAGGUACAUGAGGAGGACGUGAGAGCCGAGCUAGCUUGUGCUUCCCAAAAUUUGUUGGGAAGCCAGAAAGUCUUUGUGCAAAUUAAACUAGAAGAAUCCAUGUGUGCGUGGAUGGUGGUGGGUGCUGUAUCCUCCUGCUUCUUUCUGCUGGUGGUGUUUGUGUUCCUGCGUCUGCUCUGUUCUAAACAACAGAAGCAAAACGACUACAUCCUGGCCCGACAAAAUAGUAGCUUUUAGUUGUAUUUGUAACACAAUCUUGCUUACUGUUGAAUGAUAAAUUGAUUUAUACAUAUAUAUGUUUUGUCUUUGGCUAUUUUUACUGUCCUACAAUCCAGCCUACCUCUAAUAUGAGCUGUAUCACCAAAAAUAAGUGGACACUCCUUUUUAUGUGGACAUUCCAGGUGUUUCAGCCUUACUUGCUGCUAACAAGUGUAUACAACUGAUUAUAUUAGACAGAUUCAGGUCCAUUGAUGCAUUUGGUGUGGAGGACCUUCAGUGGAUGGAACGUGAAUUGUGAGACAGGCCUUUUAAUUCAACAGAAUACUUUACUACUGCACUUUUGACUGAAUGGGACACAAUGAAUGGGAGGGGGCGUGGAGCAGCCUCGUCCUCCCCAAUCAGGAGCAGGGACCAGCAUCAGUGAGAGGAUGAUUGAUGGGCAGAAAUUGGAUGUGCUAAAG